AUGAACCGCAGACGUCAGGGAACCAUCUACACCGACUUCAAAACGGAUAUGUUUGCCUUAACGAUUACAAGAAUCGCUUUAGAUUUCACUAGAGGGAAUGAUGUCGCCUUCCAUUUCAACCCACGGUUCAACGAGGACAACAGGAAGGUCAUCGUCUGUAACACGAAACAGGAUAACAUAUGGGGAAAGGAAGAAAGACAGAGUGUGUUCCCCUUUGAAAGUGGGAAACCAUUCAAAAUCCAAGUACUGGCUGAAGGGGGCCACUUCAAGGUUGCCGUCAACGAUGCUCACUUGCUGCAGUACAAUCAUCGGAUGAGAAAUCUCCAUGAAAUCACCCAACUGAAAAUCUCUGGUGACAUUGACCUCACCAGUGCUUCACAUGCUAUGAUAUAAUCUUAAUGGGGCAGGUAUAUAUACAUAAAUGAAAUUUGAAUGUAAACGCUAUACAUUUAAAAGCUUCAUGUUUCACUAUGAGUGGAAAAAAAAUAAGUUUAUCCAUUAGUAGCCAUCUUGUAACUCAUCCAUUUAAUAAAUAUUCUGAGUUAUCCGUC